AUGGAGGAAAACCACAAGAGAGGCCACUGGGCCCUGCUUAACCCAGGAGAGGACAACGAACUGGAGGCGUUUGGCUACCAAACCCAGACUCUGCGGAGAGUCCUUUGCCUGCUGGGCUCCAUCCUGUCCUUUGGCCUUCUGAGGCUAAUUUUCUACUGGCGUCCACAGUGGAAUGUGUGGGCACACUGCGUGCCCUGUCCCUUGCAAGAAGCCGAUGUUGUUUUGCUUCGGACAACGGAUGAAUUUCAGAAAUACACAAGGAAGAAAGUGAUUUGCCUGUGCUUGUCCGUACUGAAGAACCCCAUAAACCCCAAAUCGGGAGAUAUUGUUGCUGACCCCCAUUCGGUCAUCAAUAGAGCUGUACUGAAGCCAGAGCUAAAAGUGCGAUGUAUCCAGGUGCAGAAAAUCAGGUACGUCUGGGACAACGUGGAGGAACGAUUCCAGAAAGUCGGGCUUCUGGAAGACAGUAACUCCUGUUCCGACAUCCAUCGCACCUUUGGAUCUGGUCUGGGGAAGGAAGAACAAGAAAUCAGGCGGUUCAUCUGCGGCCCGAAUGCCAUCGAAGUUGAGAUUCAACCUAUUUGGAAGCUGCUUGUUAAACAGGUUUUGAAUCCAUUUUAUGUGUUCCAAGCAUUUACCCUGACUCUGUGGCUGUCUCAAGGUUAUAUUGAAUACUCCAUAGCCAUCAUCAUUCUGACUAUCAUUUCGAUUGUCUUAAGCGUCUAUGAUCUCCGGCAGCAAUCGGUCAAUCUGCACAACCUAGUGGAGGGCCACAACAAGAUCCAGACCAUGAUACACACCAAGGAGGAGGGUCUGCAGGAACUCGAGUCCCGUCUCUUGGUGCCUGGAGACAUCCUUGUUCUGCCUGGGAAGUUUUCCUUACCAUGUGAUGCUGUCUUGAUUGAUGGAAGCUGCAUUGUCAAUGAGGGCAUGCUGACAGGGGAAAGCAUUCCAGUUACGAAGACCCCAUUGCCCCAGGUGGAGAGCAGCAUGCCCUGGAAGUCUCACAGCUUGGAGGAUUACCGGCGACAUGUCCUCUUCUGUGGUACGGAGGUCAUUCAGACCAAGCAGGCAGGGUCUGGCCCCGUCAGGGCAGUUGUCCUGCAAACAGGUUUCAACACCGCCAAAGGUGACUUGGUGAGAUCCAUCCUCUACCCACGGCCCCUCAAUUUCCAGCUCUACAAGGACGCCUUCAAGUUCAUCGUCGUUCUCGCUUUCCUGGGGGUUGUAGGCUUCUUCUAUGCCUUUGGUGUAUACAUGUACCAUGGGACUUCUGCAAGAGACACCGUGACAAUGUCGUUGCUCCUUCUCACCGUCUCUGUUCCUCCCGUGUUGCCGGCAGCCUUGACCACAGGGAUUUUUUAUGCUCAGAAGAGGCUGAAGAAAAAGAAAAUUUUUUGCAUCUCCCCACAGAGAAUCAAUAUGUGUGGGCAAAUUAACCUCGUUUGUUUUGACAAAACAGGUACGCUGACAGAAGACGGCCUUGAUUUAUGGGGGGCUGUUCCUGUGAUGGGAAACUGUUUCCAGGAGGUCCACAGCUUCACCUCCGGCCAUGCUCUGUCCUGGGGCCCCCUCUGUGCAGCCAUGGCCAGCUGCCACUCCCUCAUCGUGCUGGACGGCACCAUCCAAGGAGACCCUCUGGAUGUCAAGAUGUUUGAAGGCACCAACUGGAUCAUUGAAGAUUCCUCUGUGGAUUUUAGUGACUCUGGAAUACCAGCUUCCAGCAUAAUCAUUAAGCCGGGCCCUCAAGCAAGCCAGACUCCAGCAAAAGCUCUUGCCAUUUUGCAUCAGUUUCCGUUUUCUUCUGGACUGCAGAGGAUGUCAGUUAUCACCCAGCAGAUCGGCCAGGACCACUUUGACGCUUAUAUGAAAGGAGCCCCGGAGAUGGUGGCCAGUUUUUGCAGGCCAGAAACAGUUCCCCCAGAUUUCAAGACGGAGCUGAAGCACUACACCACGCAAGGUUUUCGGGUCAUUGCCCUGGCUCACAAACCUCUAAAGGCAUGGAAGUACCCAGAGGUGGGCACUUAUGCCAGAGAGGAAGUUGAGUCAGAGUUAACAUUUCUAGGCCUUCUGAUCAUGGAAAAUCGCUUGAAAAAAGAGACCAAGCCAGUGUUGAGAGAGCUGAGCAGCGCCCGGAUCCGGACAGUCAUGAUCACAGGUGACAACCUUCAGACUGCCAUUACAGUUGCAAAAAAUUCUGAAAUGAUUCCUCAAGGUGAUAAGGUGAUCCUCGUUGAGGCCAAUGAACCAGAAAGCUUCUCUCCUGCGUCUGUGACCUGGCAGCUGUUGGAGGACAAAGAGGAUGGGCACAAAAAUAAGGUGCGCAUGUCAGAGAGCCUGGUCUACUGUAAGGAGAUCUGUCUCCCCAUUGGAGAUGCCUCCUUCCCUGAGGUGGGGCCAAGAGACCAUUACCACUUUGCCAUGAGUGGGAAAUCUUACCAAGUGAUCACCCAACAUUUCAGCAACUUGCUUCCCAAAAUCCUGGUGAAUGGAGCCAUUUUUGCCAGGAUGUCUCCUGGGCAGAAAUCAAGCCUUGUGGAAGAAUUCCAGAAAUUAAAUUACUAUGUUGGCAUGUGCGGUGAUGGAGCAAAUGACUGUGGGGCUUUGAAAAUGGCUCAUGCUGGCAUUUCACUGUCUGAGCAGGAGGCAUCUGUGGCUUCCCCCUUCACCUCAAAAACAGCCAACAUAGAAUGUGUGCCACACCUGAUCAGGGAAGGACGAGCAGCUUUGGUUUCUUCCUUUGGAGUGUUUAAAUACCUAACCAUGUAUGGAAUAAUUCAGUUCAUUGGUACAUCUCUGCUUUAUUGGCAGUUGCAACUUUUUGGGAACUACCAAUACCUCAUGCAGGACGUGGCGAUCACCCUGAUGGUCUGUCUAACAAUGAGCUCUACUCACGCAUACCCAAAGCUGGCUCCAUACCGACCUGCUGGACAGCUCAUCUCGCCCCCACUGCUGCUCUCUGUCCUUCUGAACACCUGCUUUUCAGGCAUCGUGCAGAUCUGGGCUUUUCUUUUUGUGAAGCAGCAGCCUUGGUACUGUGAAGUACAACGGUACAGUCGGUGCUUCCUGGUCAACCGAAGUGAUUCCUUCUCCAGCCAAAGCAUAGACAGCAAUUUGACAAUGGGGAACGGAACUCUGACUCCGAAUUCCAUCCUGAGUUUUGAGAGUACCUCCCUGUGGCCCAUUACCACCUUCAACUGCAUCAUUGUGGCCUUCGUCUUCUCAAAGGGGAAGCCAUUCCGAAAGCCUGUCUACACCAACUAUCUCUUCUCAUUCCUGCUGUUAGCUGCCCUUGGUGUGACUAUCUUCAUUAUGUUUGCUGAUAUUCCAGAGAUAUACAACGGAAUGGAGCUUAUCCCGACAAUCACAACGUGGAGGAUUUCGGUUCUUGCAGCAUCGCUGGUCCAGUUCUGUGUGGCAUUUUUUGUGGAGGACGUGAUCCUUCAGAACCGAGCGUUCUGGCUGCUGAUCAAGAAAAAAUGGGGGGUGCACUCUAAGAGUCAGUAUCGGAAAUGGCAGAGGAAGCUAGCGCAGGACCCCAGCUGGCCCCCCACGAAUAGGACGGAUUACUCAGGACAAGGCAAAAACGGCUUCUAUGUCAACCCUGCCUAUGAAAACAGUGAGUCAACACCGGUUCCGAAGGUCGAUAUCAUAGGGCGCAGCACGGAGCAGCAUUUCUGGACCCGGCUUUGA